ACACGUCACGUCGCACUCAGUCACUGGCUUCCUAUAUCAUGAGUCCUUCCAUCCACAGGAUUUUGAUUCAGACCCCUCAUUGUACCAUCAUCCUACAUAAACUACUACAAUCCCUACAGAUCUACGGUCUACAAUCAACCACAGUCCCUUUGAAAACUUACAGGAGUAGCAAUUAUGGAUUUCGUCAACAAGCUCGCCAGCGGUGGUGAUAACAACAACAACAACGCUGGUGGUAACAACUCUGGAAACAACCAGAGGAACGACGACCAAUACGGCAACAGCAAUAACAACAACAACAACCAGAGGAAUGAUAACUCUGGGGGCAGCAGCAACCAGAGCAGCGGUGGCGGCCUCUUGGGCGGCCUGAUGGACAAGGUCAACUCAGCCCAGAACAGCAACAACCAGAGGAAUGAUAACUCUGAGGGCAGCAACAACCAGGGCAGUGGUGGCGGCAGCUUCUUGGACGGCCUGAAGGACAAGGUUAACUCAGCUGCCGGCGGUGGCCGCGAGAGCGAGAAGAACGAGGAUAUGCUUGACAAAGGCAUUGAUUUCGUGCAGGAGAAGUUCCUGGGCCAGGGCAAGCAGGAUAAUGAGUCCGCUAUUGAGCAGGCGAAGGAUGGGCAGAUCGCCGACUUCAUCCGUGCGCAGUACAAGGGUGCUACUGGGUCUGAUUUCCCCAUCUCAGACAAGAAGUCUACUUUCAACUGAGUGGUGGAUGGGUAUAUGGUUGGAGGUUGAGGACAGCAUCUGAGCUGUAGUUGAUGCCUAGCAUGGGCUAUAUCAUGAAUAACGGUUCACGGGUCGGCUUUCAAUGCAAUCAAUGAUUUUA